AUGAUUUAUUUUAAGUCUACUUUUGUAAUUUUAAAUUUUAUAUUUAAUUUUUACGAAAUAAAAUCAUAUUUUCUAAAAGAAAAUAAUUAUUUUGAUAGUGAUAUUAAGCGUAUAUAUAAAAGAGAUGUUGAUAAAAACGAGUUAAAAUGGGAUUUUCCAAUAAAGUACUGGGUUGAUCCUAAUUUAGGACUUAAUGAAAACUUAAUCGAAAAAGCCUUACAACGUAUAAGUAAUAACACAUGCAUAACAUGGGAGAAGAAAGAAUCUCAAAUACUUAAUACUUCUGGAUUAAAUGUAGUGAAUAGAGGUUUGUGUGGUUCUUUUGUUGGUAGGUUAUCUAAAAACAUGCCACAAGAAAUAACUUUUUCAUCUUCCUGUUUUGACAGUGGUAGAAUAGAACAUGAAUUUAGUCAUGCAUUGGGAUUGGUUCAUGAAAAUAAAAUAUAUGGUUUUGAAAAAUAUAUCACAAUUAACUAUACUAAUUUACAAGAAAAAGCUGUUAAAAAAUUUCAAAUUUCUAAUACUACUGAAAAAAAACCAAUUUCUAAAUUCUAUGACUAUGGAUCGUUAUUGCAUCAUCCUAGUAACAUGUUUUCAAAAAAUGGUUUAACAACAAUCAUAACAAAAGAUCCUAAUUAUCAAGAUACAAUUGGACAAGAUGACAAACUUAAGUUUAGUGAUAUUAAAAAUCUUAAUCUAUUAUAUUGUCAAGAUAAAUGUAAAAAAGAAAAAAAAAAAUUAAAAUGUAAAAAUGGAGGAUAUGUAGAUCCUAAAAAUUGCAAAAAAUGUAGAUGUCCAGAACAUUAUAGUGGAACCUUUUGUAAUUUUGGAAAAAUUAUAGAUAGCAAAUGCAAAAGUGUUGUUGUGCAAGCAACUUCUUCAAAGAAACUUUUAAAAAUUUCUGGAAAUUUGAAUUGUUUUUAUUAUAUAAUGUCUCCAUUAAAUACCAAAAUUCAAUUGACUAUUGAAAAUUCAGAUUUACCAAAUAAAAAAGAAGGCAGUCCAUGUAUACAAGGUGAAAGUCUUGAAAUACUAUAUAAAAAAGACCCAUCUGUAGUUGGUGCAAUGUUUUGCGGUAAAGUUAAAAAUGUACAAAUGAAAUCAGAAGAUAAUAAAGUUUCCAUACAUUAUGUUGGCAACAGUACAAAUAACUUUGUUGAAAUAAGUUAUAAAAAAGUCAAUAAAAAAAUCAAUAAAACAAAAAAAUUGCUAUAA